CGGCGCAUCGCUUCCUGAGCGGAUCUUAAGUGAAGACAUUUGGGAGGGGGAUUGUUUGGUUUCUCACCGAGAGUCUCUACUUCCUGUUGUGGCCUCGACGAAGCGACACGAUGCGAGAUGUUCACCUGGAUAAUGAGACGUGCGCAGACGGUAAGAACAUCAGCUCGUCCGGUCCUCGUCGUGUCAUCCUCUCAUCUGGUUUCUGUCGAGGAGGAAACACUCUCAGAUUCGCGUCUGUGCUGAGGUUGUGGUGUGGCGCCGCCCGCUCUGUUGUGUGUUCGAUCACUGGAGGUCAGACGCUGUCAUACACAUACCUGAACAACAGCAGUCUCACAACAGAUGCCAGCAGCUCCUACAACCUGUGGCUCGGCCUCACGCUGGCCCUGCUGUCGGCCUUCCUGAUUGGUGCGAGCGUUAUCCUCAAGAAGAAAGCUCUCCUCCGACUGGCUGACGCCGGUCACGCCAGGGCAGGUGAUGGAGGUCAUGGCUACCUGAAGGACUGCCUGUGGUGGGGAGGCCUGUUGACCAUGGGAGUGGGAGAGGUCUGCAACUUUGUCGCCUACAUGUUUGCUCCGGCAACGCUGGUGACUCCACUGGGCGCUCUGAGUGUCCUCAUCAGUGCAGUUCUGUCCUCCUACCUCUUGGGGGAGGUGUUGAACAUUGUGGGGAAGCUCGGCUGUCUGCUGUGCUUGCUGGGAAGCAUCCUGCUGGUCAUCCAUGCACCAGAGGAACAGGAAGUGACAUCACUACAGGACAUGACCGACAAGCUGCUGGAGCCUGGUUUCCUGGUGUACGUGUCGGCGGUGUUGGUGCUGUGUGCGGUGCUCGUGUUGUAUUUCUCUCCUCGGUUCGGUCGAUCCAACAUUCUCGUCUACAUCAGCAUCUGCUCGCUGCUCGGAGCGUUCACCGUCUCCUCUGUGAAGGGCCUCGCCAUCGCCAUCAACACCGUGAUUUAUGAUAUUUCCGUUCUUGCUAAUCCUCUCACCUGGAUCCUGCUGCUCACUCUCAUCGUCUCCAUAGUAACACAGGUGAACUACCUGAACAAGUCUCUGGACACGUUCAACACCCUGCUGGUUUACCCCGUCUACUACGUCCUCUUCACCUCCGUGGUCCUGUCCACCUCCAUCAUCCUCUUCCAGGAGUGGAGGAGCAUGGCGGUGGUGGACGUGGUCACGACGCUGGGAGCCUUCGUGGUCAUCGUGGUGGGCGUGGCCAUGCUGCACCUCUUCAAAGACCUGCAGGUGACGAUGGAGCAGCUGACCAAUCAGCUGUCUCCGCCUGUGGAGAGGGAGGGACUUGCAGAGGAGCUGUCAGUCAACGCGGGAGGAGGAAAAGCAGGAGGGACCAAUAAAAGAGAGGAUAAGUACGGACUGGUGGACAACAUGGUGAUAGAGAGUCUUCCCCCGAUGAGAGAGGAGGGACCAAGAGUCUUCAUCAUCAGCUGAGAGCGACAGGAGGACGACGGAGACGCAGGUUUCUCUGGACCUUGUAGUUCAGACGGCUCAGCGCCGUAGUCUCACUCUGACUGAUGAUUUUAUUUUUUAGAUUUUUUAGAAGGUCCAGGCCUCUGGUUUGAUGACGUUUCAUUUCACUGUUGAUUUGAAUGAGCUUUCACACGAAGCAACUGGUAGAAUGUGCACCUGGACCUCGACCGACGUCAGAUGUUAUUUGAGCAAUAAUAUUGAUAAUUUGGAUUUAUAUAGCACCUUUUGAGGUACAAGGUUUGAGGUUAUGAAUGAAAUAAGAAGUAGAACAAACAAAGAACAGAAAAUAUUUCAUGAGGUUUUUAAUCAUUUCUCCUUCAGACGGUUUUUAUUUACAGACGUCCAGAUGUUUUUAUAUGUGCUGAUCCUGAGCCCUGUCUCAUACCAAUGUAUACAUGAAUAAUAUACAGUAACAUAGAUUAAACAGUGUGUGUUUGUCUGUUUGACAGUGAAAUAACCUGACCGCUUCGUCUCACACACCUCGGUUUUUAUGAGCUUCUUGAUCCUGAGGCUCAUGGAUCAACAAUGUAAAGGUUUUACUUGUGUAAAUGAUGUGAUAUGAGUCAAAGUUCAGUCUGGAGGAUGACGCCUCUGAGAGAAGACGUCUCACUCUGUUGGAUUUUUUUGGGAGCUGCAGAAACACUCAGUGUGAGUGGAGCUUCUUCGUUUGGCCCAUGUCCCAUCUGCUAACAUGGAGGGGGCGGGGCUUAUGACCUAUAUUGCAGCCAGACACCAGGGGGCGAUCAAGAUGAUGUGGCUUCCCUUUAGAGGGGCCGGCAUGUCGUCCGUCCUUAUUUAGAGUCUGUGGUAUCUGAUUAUGGCUCAGUUUCACCUUGUGCAUUGUUGUGGUUGACUAGUGAAUCAUUUGUAUAUAUUUAUUGUAUAUUACUACUUUUGUGGUGUUAUUUUAUUCAUGUGAAGCAUUUCGGGACUUUGCUGUGGUAAAGGUGCUGCACAAAAUAAACGUCGUUACUUA